GUAAAUCGAGAGAGGAAGAAGAAGAAGAAGACUUCCUUAAGUGCAGUGAUAUUUGUGUGUUUUUAAAGGAGGCAUGGCGGCAGAAUUGUGGAACAGGAUAAACAUUCCCUUCCCCGGUGCCGUUUCUUCUGUCCGUAUACAUUUCAGCAGGACCACAGACGCAAAUGUGAAAAGCUUGCUGGCGGAAAACGAGAAGGUGCUUCUGCUGAUCCGGAGUGAGAUCCUUCAGACUGAGAUCAGAGUCCUCUACGAGCUGCUGUACAUCCUGAAGAACAGCCUCAGAGGAAACAGGACCUACAGAGGCAUGCAACAGGUGGAACAAUGCGUCAACAGGCUGAAGAGGAUGAAUCUGGAUGGUGCUCUUCAGGACCUAAAAGAACUAUGUCCCAACAGAUUUCAAAGAGGACUGAGCAUCAAGUCUGGUGAGUGUGAUCUUCCCAGUCAACCCAUGCUGGAGUGGCUCUGUCUCAAAGUCCUGGGGGCUUCCCAGCUGAUGAGCUGCACAUUGAAUCGCUGCAGUAGAGCUUUCUCACUCUCCAGACAGCAGAUGAAAUGGGAAGAGUUUGUUAUCUUGAACGUUGUGAUAACCAGCAUGCUCAGUCGUCUCUGGGUGAUGUUCCGAGGAGUCCUCUGUUGCUUGUCCACUCUGUAUCAGCAACUCUUAACACUCCUAAAAGUAGUAGCGGAAGCCCAGCCCAUGCCCUUCCUCACAGACUUCUCCUUGCCGGCAGAUGUGGCUCUCUUCCUGGAUUCCUCUGCUGCCCUUUUACUCGCUAAGCAGUCAGCACAUGGUGCAAAAGCCAAAGACCAGAAGAAGAAGUUAUCUUCUGUAGUCAAAACACAGGGACAGAAGAAGAAGGUUAAAGAAGAUCUGGGAGUAGCAAUUGAAAGAGGUUCAGUUCCUGCCGCUGACAUGAAGCCCUUUCUUAAAGUUUUUAAUGACUUUACAAAGGUCUCAAAGGAUAAAUCCUUCCAAACCAAAACACAAAAUGCUGAUAGGAAGAAGGAGUUCAAGAAACAGCUGAUAGAGGCUACCACCAUCUCAGACAUGGAGACCUGUCUUGAAGAAAUGAUCCAAUGGAGCAAAUCCCAGAAGAUGAAAAAGGAAAAAUGCCUCUUAACUUUCCUGCGUUUAAAAUGUCAAAGGAUAAAAUGCCUGGAGGCUGCAGGCUACAAUGUCCACAGAACGUCCAAGAGCUUCAGACAGGAAGCUUGUUGGGCUUUAUCUCCUCAAGGUCCAAUGCCAACGUCCUUCCGGUCUUCUGCUGCACUAAGGAAGAAUGCUCACCUGAGAACUCACUUUCAUUUGCUAAGGAGUCGAUUUAAGUCUUCAGGGUUAAAAACGGGUGUGAAGGCGAAAUUGAUGAAGACGAAAACGAAGAGGACUGCGAUGCCAGAGUCAGGGCGGUCAGGGGAUAACAAGAAUAACAGGACAUCAAAUGAGUUGACAUCUCAUACCACUGAACAUGGCAGCCAUAAUGACAUAGAUGAUAUUGAUGAUAUAUUUGCCUCUGUUGGUUUGUGACACUUUGGAAUCGGACCAUUCAAAGACAUGAGACACUGAAUGCUGUUGAGCUUAGACUGCUACCAAAGAACUGUUGGAUAAAAGGUGUAAUACAAACUGUUGGGUGGACAUCCUGGGAAUCUUCGACAAUAUGCACACACUGUUUGACACCAAGCCUUAGUCUUUAAAAAAACAAAAACAAUUCUGGUUAUAUUGAGAGACUGUUCCUCAUGUAGUCCAUCAAUCAAUCAGACUUUAUUUGUACAGCACUUUUCAUACAAUGAUAUUGUAACACAAAGUGCUAUAGGGGUAAUAAAAUACAAUUUAAAAAAAACAUCCCAACAACAAUCCCAACUUAAGCCCCAACCCCAAAAACACCCCAAAAUCCAUAUGCAAGGUUAAGAACAUGAACAAUGAACUGAGGAAACGCUGUCAUGAUAUCCUAAUGAGGAGACACAGGAGG